AGAUGGCUACAGAACCAGAAAAUAUAUGCUGCAGGGAGAUAGAACAGGUUACAAGACGGAUGCAACAACUUCAAGUCACUCCAUCAUGUAUGGUAGACCAUCCCGGAAUGGAUCCAGUUUGUUUAAAUGUGUUUUCGUUACAAAACGCUUUUAACAUUUACAGGGCUGACUAUGGUCCCCUGCGACUUCGUGGAGUACAACAUCGUUACAGAUUUUUAGCUUAUCGGAGUUUUGUGAGCUGGUGCUGGGGUUUCCUUGGACGAAAAGUUCGAGUUGUGAUUCCAUCCUGUGUGGUCCUGAGGAUUCGAAGAGAGUUUCCUGAUGCCCAGGGUAGUUAUGUAGGUUUUCGACCACCUAUUGAUUAA